AUGGCGGGUCCAGCCGGUUCGAGCCCCGCGGAAGGACCGGCACCUGUCGCGUCCGCGGUCGCGUCCGAACCCGGCGAUCGAGGGGUUGGGGGAGGGACGGCGCCGCCCGACCCGGAUGACCCUUCCAAGAAAAACGCGACUUUAGAGGGAACGAGUGGACGCGACGUGGAGUACGAGUUCGCCGUGAGCGAACUGGAAUCCAUGCGCAUCCCGGGCACCAGCGACUACGCCACGAUCCAGACGUACAACACGCUCAAGCGCAUGGGUCUGAGGAGCGUGGACGUCCAGCCGGAGACCAUGAAGAGGGCGUUGUCCGCCAUGAUGGCCGGGGACGGCACCGAGGUGCCGCUCUCGAUGCGGACGACGACGCGGACCGGGUUCGACCCGCAGACCAAGGGAUCGACCGGGAAGGACAAGGCCGAACCCCCGCGGGCGCUGCUCUACUCGCCCCCGGUGAACGCCCUGAAGCGCGCCGCGGGGGUUCGCCGACAGGUGGCGGCACGGGUGGAGAAGCUGGCGAAGGAUCCCGACGAGAUGGGCGCGCUCGAGAAAAGGCUCCGAGCCGCGUCGCUCAAAUCCGCCGACGCCAGGGCCAAGGACACCGGCGUGGACCACAUCGCCUCGCACGUCGCCUCGCUCGUCAAGCACAGGAAGGAGGCUCGCGAGGCGGCCACCGCGGCGCGACGCGAGGCACGCGAGGAACGGGCGCGAACGGUGAAGGAACGAGCCGUCGCGGCUUCACUCGAAAAGGCUAACAGAACCGCCGCGAACCUGCGUCGAAAGGAGACCAAGAAGGAACGGGAGGCGCAGGAGGCGCGUCUGCGCGCGGAGGCGGUCGCGAAAGCGGAGAGAGAGGCGGAGAGGGAGGCGGAGACCAAGAAGGAACGGGUGCGGACGCGGUGGAGACGCGCGCGGCGUCUGGCGUUGGCUUCGAGGCCGCCGCCCGAGCGAGCCGCCGCGCUGCGCAUGGAGGAGGCUCGCGACGGCGCCGCGCGAGUGAUCCAGCGGUGGUGGCGCGGGUGCGUGUCCCGCGUGGCGGUGCGCGAACGGAUCCGCGCGGCUCUGUUCAUCCGGGAUAGGCUCUGGAUGUGGUAUCACAGGCGGCGGCGGCGGGAGGCGGCGGAGAACAUCCGGGCGUUUCUGGAAGACGUCGGGAAAGGAAACGAAAUCGUGCGGCGUUUACACCAGCUCAGGCGCGCGUGCGCGACGAUCCAGACGGCGUACCGCAGCGCGUUUCGGGUCAUGCCCGACCAGGUGGACUCGUUCGUCGUGCACUGGACCUUUUACGAGCGGUACCUUCACACGUCGAGGGCGGUGGCGGCGGAGCAGAAGAAGGGCAAAGGGGAAGGGGUCGACUUUGUUCGCCGGCGCAGGGCGUGCGUCCAGGGGUUCAGGAUGGAGAACGUUCGCCAAUACGACGAGGUGGACGCGCGGCAGCUCGUGCCGGUGGACAUCAAGGCGCGGCUCGUCAAGAAAUUUUUGAAGCAGCGCCGGCGGCAGCGCGGCAAGGACUGGACCGCGUACAAGGACGCUCUCGACGCGUGGAGGAAAAAUUCCCUCCGCGAGACCAAGCUCGAGAUGGCCAGGAGCGUGAUGCGGGGUAACGAGGUGCGGAUGGACGACCUGGAGAGAGAGAUUGCGAGUAAGAAGCCGGUGAUGGUGCGGCGGCGGGUGCUGAUGAACGUGGACGAGCUCGCCAAGAUACACGCGGAGGGCGAGAAGGAGCGAUUACGGAUUUAUUCCGGCUCUCUCUGAAGAAGCGCUCGUAGUCAGUUUGGCGUUGCUCGGUUUCAAUAAACACGUGUUCUAGCUGUUCGACA